UCCAACUCUCAGCUGUGGUUUAGAAGCUUUUUUUCAGCUCUAACGAGGCACUAGCGAGUGAAGCGAUCUCCAUGCUUUGCCUGCUUUUCUCAUUGCUGCUCCUUCUCAGCUGUGCUUUAGAAGCUGUUUUUCAGCCCUAAUGAGGUGCUAGCAAGUAAAGCGAUCUACCGAGCUGUGCCUGCUUUUCUCAAUGCUUCUCUCUCCAAGGAUCAGCUGUGCUUUAGAAGCUGUUUUUUUUAUCCCCAAGCAGGGGAUAAAAACUACGCAUGCGUGCUCAAGACCAGAAAAUUAAUGUGCUGAAGUUGACCAGACUAAGGAGACUAGCCAGAUGAAUACCUGGAAAUACAGGUGAAGCUUCCUUUACUUUUUUCUUUUGAUGUCAAACACCUCAUGUUUGGGUCGGAUUCCUUCGUCUUCAACGAUCCGUCUGACCGAAAGGCCAAACUCUGCACCACAGAAGCGAAAGUGGUGAGGACCUUUGGGCAGGAAAAGAGAUGGAACUUAAAACAUCCACCAGCAUUUCCACAUUUCAAGAACUCGCGGAAUCAUAUCCGAGGAGAAAGAAAAGAAAAUGCAAAGAAGAAGGUGUCAGCCAAGCAGACAUGGGUUGAGAAAGAUCAACCCUUCAAUCCCAGGGAACCUCUCAAAAUGACAAAGCAGGAGACCGUUGAGACCGUAAAGCACAAAAAUAGUGGUGACAGCAUACCAGACAACAUUGUGCAAUCAAAGGACCAGCCACAACAGGAGCUUCAGUUACCCAGAAUUGCUCAGCCUCAACAAGUUCCUAGUCAACAAGCUCCUUCUGCAGAUGUGGUACAAAGUUGGCUGAUGACACCCCAGUUAAACAGCAUCUUAGCCCAAAGGAAGCAUGAGGAGAUGGAGACUCUGACCUUCCCCAGCAAUCUGCCCAUGACACCACGGAUGAUGAACAGGGGCAUUGUGUGCACCACCGAGUCAGAGCUGAAAACGAUGCAGCUGACAUUCCCAGAACCGGAUGAAGAAUCUGCAAAAAAAACUCACCCCAGAGAUAGAAAGAAACCAUUUGGUCCCACCAAAAAGUCCACCUUGCCUCCGUUAAUUAACACGUCAAGAUCCCAGCUCUCUGAAAAUAAGAAGAUCUCUGGCUGCCAUCUUCCGAGGGUCCCCACUAUCCCUGCAUCAAUAUCACUCAAAUGGGGGAAAUUCUAAAGCCUCGCUAAAAAGCUCAAUUAGUUUAUCCCAAAGAGGUCUGAUCUUGAGGAUGGUCCAUGAACUUUUAGACAUUCUGGAGCUGAGAACUGCACAGAUGUCUCAGUGAUCCA